AUGAGUCUGGUACAAGAUUCCAUUCGAGCAAGUUCCAUGUUUUUCUAUGGCACUUUGUCACAGGAUUCUUCCAUUCAAGCAGAAGCGUGCAAAUGGUACUCAAGGGCUCUACGGGGCUUACAUGGCCUACUAUCACAAGCCUCUUCCCACUUCACUGGUGAUGUGAUAUGUGCUACUGUAAUGCUUAUCCACUUCGAGCAUCUCGCUGGUACAUCCGGAGACGCCUGGGUUCAGCAUGUCAAGGGUGCAUCGAAGAUGCUUGAGGCAGGUGGGCCCGAAAGUUGCCGCAACGGGUUUUUGCACCAGCUUUUUCGUCAUCUCAGACUUCUAACAUUUGUUGCCUCAAUAUAUCGCAAUGAGCAGCACGCCUUUGCGUUACCUGAAUGGACAAAUAUACCUUUUCAGAUACAUCCAAAAACUGCAUUUGACGAGCUUAUCGAUAUCCUAUUCCGAUUACUCCCGUGCCUUUCAGUCGCAGACAAGAUUAUAACAGCAACAACCAAUACGGAUGAUUGGUUGCGGGGAAGGCUCAACACCAUGGUACUGGACAUCAUAUUCCAACUCUACAAAUGGUGGUCGCAAUGUAUCUCCAUGCUGAGUCCAGUUGAAGCACCUGCAGACGAAUGGAUGAACGCCAACAAAAAGCAUACAAAUGAGGACCCAUACGACCCCAGUCAUUUCCCCCUGCUCUAUCACACAGAUAUGCCUACAGCUGCUCUGGGCUCGGUGUAUGACUCGGCAAAUCUGAUAGCCCUUCGGCUUCUUUUCCUGUCAUCAACAUGUGCCUAUCUAUACGAGGAACGCAUCCAGCGACAUGCGCAGUCAAUCUUAUCAGCCAAAGAAUUCAUUGCAGCAGUUCCCGGCCCAUCUUCUGGUCGAUUAUGA